AUGGAAAUGAUGGCAGGGGAAAGUGAGCUUCUCUUGACGGAAUAUUUGCUAAAUUUCGAAGAGGAAAACGAUGAGGAAUGUUCAUUUGAAACGGAAGGUUUUUCGUCUGACUUUGAAUGUAGCGAAGAUGAAGAUGUAUGCUCUUUGUCCUCGCUUAAAGAAACCCUUAAAACUAACCCUAAAAAAGCCUCCACCAAACAAAACGCGAACAAACCAACGGCUUUCAAAUCUCGUACUAAGCUAGCACAUGAAAAAACAGCAGAAGAGAAAGAGAAAGACCGCGUUCGCUCGCAAGAGUACAGGCAGAGAAAAUCAAACAAAAUCAAAUCUACCGAAAAGGAAUGCAAACAAUUAAAAGAGACCAAUAAGACGCUGAAUGAAAAGAACAUAGAGCUAGGCGAAAAGGUUUCGAGUCUCGAAAAGCAAAUAGAAUAUUUGGAAAAGGUGAUCGCAAAUGAGAGUGCAUUGUCCGCAGUCCUGGGUGCGAUCACAAAGCAUUCUGGGUUGUCGUUUAACAACAACCCACUGCAAGUGAAUUCUCUGAAACGGAAAAGAGAGGACGGUGAGAUGGAUGAAAAUGAACCGCAAACGAAGCAUCCGAAUGGUGGCGUAUGUUUGCAUCUAACACCCGGACGUAUGUCACUGGAGUUUUGUCGAGAAUGUGAUGUAAAUGCCGCCGAUGAAUAA